UUCUUACUGUGAAAAGUGUACUGCUGCAGUGUUGUAGUUGUUGUUAUUGCAUUUAUUAGAAGUAACUGUGCUCGUUGCUCUAAUGGAUCCCAAUCUGCUGUACUGGAAAAAACAUGGACAGACCUUCUUCAGUCGAUUUCAGCACUGGUUCUUCUUCCAUGAUCCACUGAUCCUGUUUUCCUCUGAUAGGGAAAUAAUCCAAGCCCAUGCUGCCCUUGGACGUGGAGAACAUGAGGAUUCACAGGCAGUGCAACUCUCACUUUCAUCUUUUCAAGCUGAUUCUGGACAUGUUAUUCCAUUGUAUGUACGCCCCGCAGCAUUAUUUUACAUCACAUCACCUGUGGUGCUCGCCACAGCUUUGCCACAUUUCAGUGUCGGGUUAUCUCUGGUUCAGCAGUUUGCACUGCACCAUUACCUUGCUGCGUUCAACCUUGGACACAGGAAUUGUUCCACAAAACAGAGAGAAAAGGAGCGUCUGAAUCCGUUUCUGUUGAUCACUGGAACAGCUUCUCUUUUAGCAUGCAUAGGGGCCCUUCCUCACGUUUUCAUAAAAGGACUUAAUAUCAGAAGCGGACCUUCACUGAGUUUCCUUAGGUUGAUAGUACCAAUCCCACUGUCAGCUGCUCUGGCCUUCCUCAACGUGUCUAUUGUCAGAAGGGAGGAGACAAAAUUGGGGAUCCAAGUGUUUGAUGCCAACGGAAAUCCUGUCGGUCACUCUAAAGCAGCGGGAGAAAAGGCUGUGAGGGAAACUGCAUUGUCAAGAGCGGCGCUGUUUGGUACAACUACUGCUGUUCCUAACUUGGUGAUGUUGUUCCUAAAGAGACGUUCCCAGAUCCUCUCAAAGCAGGGUGCUUUUCUCCAUUUGGCAAGUGCUGGGUUGUCUCUGACUUUGAUGAUCCCGGUCUCAUUCAGUCUCUUUCCAACCCUGGGAACGAUAAAAAGGGAAAAUGUAGAGGAGCAGCUGCAGGCAUCAGCAACCGACGGACUGUUAUAUUACCACAGAGGACUCUGAGGAGCCGUUUCACGCAGCAGAUACAGAAUCUUCCAAAACACGUGUUGCUGUUACUGCACAGCAUGGCAAUAAAUGUCUUCUUUAAUGUCAUGCAGCUGAAAACGUAUACAAGGCAUGUAACAGACUCAAAAAUGAAAUGGUUAAGACAUUAAAACAAGCAAGAUACAACUAUUUGAUAGUAAAUUUAUUUAGUUUGAAUCUAUUAUGUGUUUAUGUAGGAAAUAUUACAUCGAUUCAUGAAAAUACAUUUAGUUCUCAAAGUUACAUGAGUAUUUCUAUGGAUUGCACUCUGUGUCUUAUCUGAAAUACUGAGGAACAAAACCAUCCUCUUUGCAAUGUGGUUUAAAAUGAGUGUAAAACAGCGCUACCUAUACUUCCUAAAAUAAUAAAAUAGACCCUGACCAGAAAGACACACGUGAUGCAAUGUAAAUUAACAUGGGCAUGGAGGCACUCAUCGUCAUUUGAUCAGUUGCAUUUCAAUAAAGAACACUUUUUUUUUUCUACAUAUUAAUUUUUAUAAAACACUGUGUGAAAAAGCCUCAUACGACACAACACAAUUUGCUUGUUCUUAAGUCAUUAGUAAAAUACAAAAUGUGACAUUGUUAAAAUAAAAAAUAAACCCACAUGUUGUGCAAUCUCUAUUGCAGUUGUGAUCUAAUAACCACGACAUUGCACUCAUUAAUAAUAAUAACUGCUUGUUACAUCUGAGAAAUUUCAGCUGCGGUGGCUGCGUAUGCGUAUAUGUGUGUGUGUGUGUGUGUGUGUGUGUGUGUGUGUGUGUGUGUGUGUGUGUGUGUGUGUGUGUGUGUGUGUCUGACUCUUCACAGUAAGUACCUAAUAUUUCGGACCAGGAACAGGACUGGUUGUUGUAUGUGAGUGUCACUUUGCACUGUGGAGUGGGAGCUAAAUUCUGGAUAGCACUAUCAGAUGCAACAGCUGAGAAAGUGUCAGC